AUGGCGGCUCUUACCGACUUACGAUGUGAGCGGGCUUUCAACAAAGAAUUUCUUCGCGAGCGCAUCAAUGCCUGUUUUCCAGAACUAUAUGAAACUGGAAUAUACCUGAAGUCCGAAGCUAUAGAGGAGCUAAUGGACCAAAUAGUUUCAAACCCUUUUGUCAGUAGUCCUACUAGUAUCGCUUUAUGCUUUUCUUUGUUGGCUGUUGGCUCUCGUCGUCUAGACCUCAGUCAUGGUAACGGUACAAUCAAAGGAGCAACAAUAGGCUACUUCAGGAUAGCCCUACGCAUGAGACCUUGCCUUUAUGCUGAGGUCAGCCUCUUGCAAUCACAGGCCUUACUUCUCAUGACCUACUUCUCACAUUCUGUUGGUGCCAGUUCAACAUCUAGUUUGAUGGCGGACGCUACUUCGUGCCUCCAAAUCCUUCGUCUUCACAGCUCCAGUGCGAUCAACAAGUUAUCUAGCGACCGCUUAGAGCAAACUAAUAUUAAGAGAGCUUUCUGGGCUAUUCACUGUAUGGAAAAGCCCCACUCUCUACAAGAAGGCCUCUUUCCAACUAAUAGGGCUGUUAUAGAAGAAGAGAGCACAUCAGUGACCAAAGCAGUAGCAGUCCGAGCAUACGCAGGGCUCGAUGAAGACUUGAACUAG